AUGACCGAAAUAAAAAUUUUGGUCAUUGGUUCUAUCAACAUUGAUGAGUUUUUCACGGUUCCUCAUAUCGUUCUCAGCGGUGAAACGGUGACCAGUACUAACUACACGAAAAGACCUGGUGGAAAAGGCGCGAAUCAAGCAGUGGCCCUGGCUAAGGCAGCUGUUGGGGUUUGGCACGUUGGUAAAAUUGGUCACGAUGGUAUUUGGAUCAAGGAAUACAUGGCCAAACAAGGAGUUAACGUGGAUUACAUUUUCACAUCUGAGCAACAGCCUACCGGGCGUGCUUUUAUUCAAGUUUCCCAAGAUACGUGCGACAAUGCUAUCGCCUUACUCCCGGGAGCGAACCACACGUUGAGUGUCGAAGAAGUGGAAAAUGUUUUGGGACAAUGUAAGAAAGGUGAUUGGAUAGUUAUCCAAAAUGAAAUCGGCACCGUAGGUGGAAACACGUUAAAGCUUUGCAAGGACAAAGGGCUUAUUGUAACAUUUAAUCCAGCACCGCUUUCCGUUAACAUAAUGGAAAUAUUUUCAUUUGAUCUUGUAGACUAUCUGAUCCUCAACAAAUUGGAAGCAAAGCAACUUCAUGAACAAAUUUUAAAAAUGAACAAUUCUACUGGACUUGAUCGACUCUAUCCCACACCUGAGGAAGCACUAAAAACAUUGUCAAUUGAAUUUCCACAACUAGUCGGUAUUAUAAUCACACUAGGAAGCGAAGGUUUGAUCGCGUGGUACAGGCCGAUGAAUAAGUUAUAUACUUUGACUUCCUUUAAAACAACUGUCCGUGACUCCACUGGAGCAGGCGAUGCUUUCACCGGUUAUUUUGUUGCGAGUAUUGCGAGGAAUCAACAGAAAUAUAUGCAAGAGAGUGAAGAGACAUCAGCUCAAGUAUUUUUAAACGCUCUGAAAGAGGCUACGGUAGCAGCAGGUUUAGCUGUUAGCAAACCCGGUGCCAUGGAAAGUAUUCCUUAUUGGAACGAUGUACAGAAAAAUAUUGAAUCUUUUGACACAUACUGUAAACUUUAUACAAACUUGUAA